CUCAUUCAUUACCUACCUUACCUGUACUUGACGACGGUGGCGCGUUCCAUUUAAGCCAUACACUCUCGACAUCUCUCUUCAUACCUAAUCGACAAAAAGCGCAACGAAAUGGCACCUCCACCGUCAAUUGCCACGAAGCUCAAGGUCCAGCUCAAGCUGGCAAUCGCGCGACUGCGCAUGGUGCAGCAUCGCGACGAAUCCAUGUCCAAGACGCAACGGCGCGCCAUGGCGCAGCUCCUCGAGGUGGGCAAGAUCGACUCGGCGCGCAUCCGUGUCGAGAACAUCAUCCGGUCCGACAUCACGACCGAGCUGCACGAGAUACUGGAGCUGUACUGCGAGCUGCUCAUCGCGCGCGUGGGGCUCCUCGAGGGGUCGACAUGCGACCCGGGCCUGGAGGAGGCUGUCAAGAGCAUCAUCUACGCGGCGCCCAAGACGGAGAUCAAGGAACUCCAGGUGGUGCGGACGCUACUGGCCGAGAAGUACGGCAAGGAGUUCGUCAUGUCGGCGAUGGACAACGCCGACGGCAAGGUCUCGGAAAAGGUCGUCAAGAAGCUGAGCGUGACGCCGCCGAGAGAGGAGCUCGUGCAAGGGUAUCUGGAGGAGAUCGCCAAGGCGUACAACGUCGACUGGCCGAAGCGACCACACGCCGACGAACCGCCAGAUCUGCUGGCCGACGACGACGACGAUGACGGAGACAGUCCGAGCGGCGGCAUCGGUGUAAGAAUACCCGAAGGCCCGUUGGGUAACAGCACCAAGCUGGCCCAGGAGCAGGAGGAGCUAAGCAAGGCGACGCCGCCGAGGACGAUUGGGGGUCCCAGCAGUCCGCUGACCGUGACGCCGCCGAGGAUGACGACGGACAAUAUCCAUCCCAAGGUAACGCUGAACUCGCUGGAACUGAAGCCGAACAAGAAGAUGGACGCGGCGACGUCGCAGAAGAAGCCCAGUAUCAAGGGGCCGGGAGGCAGUGUGCCAGACAUCACCGAGCUGGAGAGGAGAUUUGCAGCUCUAAAGAGGUGAAAGUUGAUACCACAUAGGCCAGAGAUUGUGGGCCGUUUGGUUUCAGGAGACAGCAUACGUCGGGGUUGGGUGGUGUAGGGCAUGCGAUCUCUUCUUCUUUUCUUCAGUAUGGUCUAGGCAUGGCGUGGAAUUCAUUCGUAUGUCGUCUGCUUUGCUAC